AUGUCCUCACCCCCGGACGCACAGAUUCCAUUCUCGGCGGAAUGCGAGAAGAGGCUUAAAAUCCUUGAAACACAUCGUGCAGUUUACACAGAGGUGGAAUACAAAGAGGAGCGAAGGAAAAUUCUCGCCCUUUUAACGUCGCCUCCCCAAACGACAGUUUCAAACGAUGUCACUCUAAGCAAAACGGUCGCGUCCCACUGGGCCGAGGAAGCCCAAAAAGCCCUUUACCCUUGGUGGUCCCACAAAAAGAAGGCCGAGAACCGCCAGGCGGUGAUCGAGACACAGUUCACAAAGGGAGAACACUGGGAAAAGCUGAAGGAGAGUUUCCUGACAAACGCCAGAAAUAAGGAGCUGCCGGCGAUAAACGUACUUAUCGGGCAUUAUCUCAUGUACGCUGAAAACCUUGAGGCAUCGCGCUACAUCUUGAUGUACAUGCUCACCAACUACACCUCACAAGAGUGUGUGGAAACACACAAUUGGUACAUUGCCAAGUUAUGGGACGAAGGCACGAUGAUCUCUCGCGGCGAGCAGAUUGCCGAGUUGGCGUAUCCCCUGUUUCCGGCCUCCAUGAAUGAGCUGAACUCAAAGCUGAUCCGGGCGCAACAAAAGACGGGGACCACGAUGGCGGGAGGAGGCGAGGACCCCGUUAAGGACUUCUACAAAAAACACGAAGAGGAUGUCCUGCACGGUGGAGGCUACAUUCCUGUCUACGAUGCCCAAGGAACCCAGGUCGGAGUGGGUGACCUUGCCGAGUUGGAAAAGCAGCUCAACACGUUCACAGAACAGAUGCAUUGCAACCUGCAGAGGAUGAACAAACAAAUUGAGGACGUCAGAAAACAGCCCACUACCCAAUCAACAUACGCUCGGAGCUACACGACACGUGGAGGCAUGAGGGCCUACAGCGGCCGAGGUCGUGGUUACGGUCGGGGUGGAUACCGUGGCGGCUUCAGAGGAGGAAACAUGGACGAAUGCAUGGAAGGCGAGGACGAGCCAAAAACCGUGGCAAAAAACUGA